AUGCUUGUGAGGCCUUACGUGGGCUCUAGCCAUGCCUUGCACUUUGCCUCUCUCAGCACGGCCUGCUUCGUGGCCAGACUCUUCAUUGAGUUGGCUCAAGCAGCGGAUUUGGAGCUGUGCGGUUGGGACCUUUAUCACGGUCAUUUGGUGUUCUUCUCUGCAAAUUCAGGUUUCGAUCUGGGUUUUUUGUUCCAUGCCAAAGAGCAUCCAGAAGAAUUCACAAAUCGAACUGGACCAGCCUUGCCAAUCUGUUCGCCAGAAACUGGUGGUCAGAGUGACCCGCGGCGAGGGACACGCUUGUCCAUCAGGGAUGAGAACUUCCACGACCGUAACUUUCUAUGGUUAAUGUCGCUGAAUGCGAGUUUCAGGUUUCAUCUCUCAAGAGAGCAAGACCCUGGGCCUCAGCCCAACUCAGAUCUUUUGGCACCAGGAGCUUCAGGCUCACGUUUCUUUACGAUAGACGAGUCGAACUUUGGAAUGCAGCUUGGCACCAUUUGUUAUUUGCCGAAAGCGCACGACCCCGCAGUGCCGCACAAACCGUGCCUCGAGCCCCUCUCAGACGCGCAGCAAACGCAGCCAGGGCCAGGGCCACUUGGCUCAGCAUCGGCGAGGGAUCCAUCGAAUCCAUCGGAUGUUCAGUGGGAUGUUCUCUGCAUCCCGUGUCAUGGUUUUCAAUCUGACUGGCAUUUGGCACGUGCCUUGGUCAACGCGCAAACCACUAUUCAUGAGGAGGCUGCAAUUCAAAAUGUGCACGUCGAUGCCGAGCUGUUGGCACUUCUAGCUGCUGGCCAUGAUGAAAGGAAGCGCGUGCAGCGCUUGGGAAAUCUAGACCGAAGAGUUCGACUUCUUGCCUUAGCCCAAAGGGAGUUGAGACGGCGUGAGGUUCUGUUGGCAGAGGAACGCGAAAAGCGUCAAGCGGGAGCCAUGGAGGAACUCAUCUCUCGUGGGUUCGCAGAGAGUGACAUUGAGGUGGCGAUGCCUUAUUGCGAUGGGAGUGCCAUGAGAUGUGAGGCAGUGUUGAAGGUGGCUUUUGCCAAAUACAGGUCCAGUCUGGAGCAAGCAGCUGCUGGCAACCUUGGCAAUGUGGAAGUACGUAAGGCCAAUCGUACGCUUUUUGGUAUUUCAAACUGGCUUGGAGGUUGCCCAGCGUUGGCCCUGCGAGCACUCCAAGUUGCUGAGGGCGCCACGCAGCUGGAAGAAGCCGUUGCACUGAUUGCCAAGGAGCAAGAGGCCAAGUUUCGAAUAGAUUGCAAUCUUCGUCUUGACGCUGCCCUUGACAAAUCCAAGAAGUCUGAGCAGCAUGCGCACGCCAAAGCUCACGGAAAGAAGGAGCGGUGUCUGGGACAAGCCGCGCAAGCGGCUCCGUCCAGGUGGAUGUUUUGCUGCGGAUCUUUGCUCCAUGGCCUUUGCGCACGGGGACAGCUUCUAGAUGUCGCCAGGCUCCACUUUGCCUACAAAUACGGCAGCAGCAGUGCCAGUGAUGCACUCUUGGCCUCUGCCAAUGCCGGGGGCGAAAAUGUCCACCGGAACCAGGUCUUUGGUUUGCUCCUUGGAGCAUCCCAGGGCAAAGCUGGCUUAAAUGGCUUCGAGGAGGGUCUGAAGAGCUUUCAGGAGUUGGACACCGAGAUAGCAGCUCUUAUCAAAGCCUUGAAGGACGUCUUUGCGCAGGCAGGCCUGCAGCCACCACCAGAUGCCACAGCAAAGCCGGCAUAUCAACCUUCAAACACUUUCGCUCCACCCUCCAAGGAUGCAAUGUCGUUGACUGUCGACUCCAGUCAUUUCCGUGGUACAGUGCAUGCCACUGACCUGGGCGGCUUCCACGACUCUACGUCCAGCCUUCCCCAGACGCAGGCUUCCUUUGGCAGCUCCAAAGAGCAGCUGGCACAGAGGGAGGCCAGGGACAGAUUCCUGGCUGGGAUCGGUGAAGAAGCGGAACAAGCCUGGCAGCAGAAAGAGAUGUGGGAUCACCAUUUGAGGCGCUGCAUGGAAGCGGAGCAGAAGGAUUUAGAUUGGAGGCAAGCUGUGGAAAGGGACCACAAGGAGAUGCUCAAGGAACAAAUCCGAGAAGCGAAGCAUAGACGCGCCGAAGCCAAACGCAUGACGGUUGAGCAGGCAUCUCAGCAUGACUUCCCUGACUUCUCAAAGCCUUCGAACGUCUCGGUCCAUGACUUCAUCGUGGAACGCCAAGCAAAUUUGAGAGACGAUCUCAACCAACAGGUGGAACUGAAGCGGAGGCAGAAGGAACAAAGAAAAGCGUUGGACCACGUCGAUGCCUGA